AUGUCUCAGAACAGCAACAUAGCUGUGAAGUCUGAUUCCGAAGACGACUUCGUAGUUGUCGAUGACAACCACACCAUCUCUCUCGAAAAGCUCAAGAAGGAGCAUCAACAAGUCGUCAAAGAGUUGAACGACAGACAUGUUGGCGAGCUGGCUAUCCUCAGAGAUAGCUGUCACAGGCGCUCGCAGAACGCAAUCGCCCUGGCAAAUUCCUCCGUCGAACAAUACAAGGUCUCUGCUCAGCGCCGUAAGGAGCAUUACGAGAGCGAGAUCGAGGAUCUCCAGAACGAGCUUGCUGCCGAGAAAGCUAAGGUAGCGCACCUUCUGGCCCUGGUUCCGCCUCACCUUCGAGGCAGAAUGCCUGGUCCAUCUAGAUAA